AUGGCUUCAAUUGCAACCAAGUUCCGCCCACUCUUUGAUCGCGUUUUGGUCAAACGUUUGGAUGCUGUUAAGCAAAGCAAAGGAGGUAUAAUGUUGCCUGAAAGUGCUUCGAAAAAAAUUCGUGAGGCAACUGUCAUAGCUGUAGGACCCGGUGCAAGAAAUCAGGACGGAAAACCUGUACCAAUUGAUGUUAAUGUUGGUGACCGAGUAUUGUUACCAGAGUAUGGAGGUACUGCAAUUCAAUUAGACGAUGACGAUUCAUACACAAUUUUCAAAGAAUCGGAAUUAUUAGCAAAAGUAGAGUAA